AUGCAAGGAUCUGACGAUGACGGAACAACAAGAAGGAAAGCAUCAGCACUGCUGAAGAAAAUUCUUGAAUUCAAUUUUAUAUUUGCCGUAAUGUUUAUGCGGGUAAUCAUGAGGAAGACGCAGAUAUUGACAACAGAAAUGCAGAAACCGGAAUUUAACAUCUUAGAUGCUUUAACCCUGAUCGAUGGAACUGUUACUUCUCUCGAAAGAAUACGGAGUAGUGAAGUUGAAAUGAAUGAUCAGAUACAAAGUAGUGUCGAAUUCGCUAAGUCAUUUGGCCUAAACCCUGAAGAAAACUGCGCUCAGAAGAGACCGAGGAUCGGUAAGCAGCCGAAUUGAUGACCACCCAGAAACUGCUGCAACUAUUCAAUUUCAAGCAUACUAUCGUAAGGGGAUGUGUGAAGUUUUGGAUUCUCUGAUCAGAGAAUACAGAGAGAACAUGGAACAAUGUUUGGAAAAGCUGAAGCCUCUGGCAGAAAUUCUUCAGCCGCCACUAACAGAACCAACACGUGAGGAUCUUGAGUCGGUAUCAAAGCUUUUCCCUCCAUCUGUUCCUGUUCGACCCUAAGUAUUUGUAUGCAGAAUUUAGCGUGUUUGAAAACAUUGUGAACAGUGAGAAAAAAAGCGGCAAGACCGUUCAUGAUGUUGCUGAUGUUGCAUACAGGAAUAAGUCAAUACUGCCUGCUGUCUACAAGUGUUUCAAGCUGCUGUUAACUGCUCCCGUAACUGUCGCAAAAAAUGAAAGAACUUUCAGUAAAAUGAAAGUUAUAAAGAAUUUCUUGCGGUCGACAAUGUCUGGCGAACGCCUUGAGGACUUGAUUGUUCUAGCAGCCGAAAAGAACUUGACUGACAAGAUUGACUUUAACGUAGUUCUUAAGGCGUGGAUUGCAAAGAAAAACAGAAAACUGCCCAUAAAACUUUUGUAA